GCUAGUGUCGCAAAGACUUACGGUGACUUUUACUUGAGUUAAAAUCGAAACUGCCUCUUGAGAUAACAGCAUUCAUUCUGAGAGUUAUUCCUCUAACAACCACUUUAAGGACGUAUCUAAAUUUCUAGUUGUUAUUUCAUACUUUUAACGUAGUUCUUUUGAAGUGUUUUAUUUUGUUUGAAUGAAUUCUUCAUAAUAAGCAAAUUUCAUAUUUAUGUCAUGAAGUAAUGUUGAACAUACUUUGAAAUAGCUUACGAACGGUAUUAUAUUUAAAAAAAUUGAAUGUAUAUUCUGAGAAAAUUAACUUUGAUUUUACAUAUUGUUAUUUAGAAAAUAUUUAGACCUGAAGUUCUGGCUUCAAGAAAAUUGUUCCCAUCUUUUUUAAGGACGCUACAUGUUUUUUGUGCUGCCCAAGAGAAAAAGAUUCAAGAAUGGCUGAAACUGCUUUGAAAGUCUUGUGGAUUUUCCUGCUUCUUGAUGUAUCCAUUGCUGCUGUAUGUUUAAGGUAUCCACUGUGUUACUGCAGUACAAAUGCGCAGAGAGACACAAAAAUAUUUUGCAAAAACGUCACAGACAUAAAACCCAUCCAGUAUUUACUACAAAGAUAUGAUCGUGUGUACAGUCUUAGACUAGUUGCACCGGAAUUAAAUUCUCUUCCCAGUAAAGCCUUUUCAGGACACUUAAUAACAGUUCUCGAAAUAGAUGGACCUUUGGUGGACAUACCAGAUGAUGCACUUGCUGAUGUAAUCGGAUUAAAGAUUGUCAACUUUAUCGGUGGACAUUUUGGCACUAUCUCCAGUACGUUCUCGAAUGCAAACUUCAAGACAGUACAGCUGGUUCACGGCCUGUUGGAAAGCAUUAAAGAUCAGCUUCAGAAUAAUUUGUUGAUGACUGAUGCCUUAUUGUAUGACAACAAGAUUGACUAUAUUUCAACUGAUGCCUUCCUCAAUGCAAGGUCUUUGGAAUAUCUGAACUUGUCUCAUAACCUGCUCAGCAAUCUUGAUCCAGAUAUUUUCCCUCCAAUUCAUCAGCUGAAAAGCAUAGAUUUGUCAAACAACAAAUUAUUGACAGUGGAUGGUUACUUCAAUAACUUGAAUCCAAUGGUAAUAAAACUGUAUGGCAACAACCUGACAAACAUCGACAAUGCUUUCCAGAGUGGAAUGUGGUCUACAAAAGUGUUAGACAUUGGCGGCAAUCCUCAUCUGAAUAUAAGUUCUAUGACUUUUGAUAAUUUCAGAAACCUGGCCAUCCUGGGUCUCACUGACAAUAAUUUUGAUGAAUUAGAUCCCUAUCUUCUAAGUCACCUUAUAUUUCUUACUAAGCUUUCUCUGAAUGGCAACCACCUGUCAUCCUUACCGAGUCAAUUUUUCAUCAAUACACAUCGCUUAUAUACUCUGGAGUUGGCCGAAAAUGACUUGUCCUCAGUAGAAGACAUAUUUCCUGUAGAUGAUCGGUAUCAUUAUAUUAUUCAUUCUCUAAAAACUGUAAACUUAAAUUCAAAUAAAAUAACUUCGAUCCGAUUUGGUUCAUCCGCAAAAAGCAUUCUUCAUUUAGAUUUGGGUCGAAAUUUAAUCAGCCAUGUCCUGAAUGGCGAUCUUGAAAAUCUAACGUCUCUUACUAAUUUGAAUCUCUCGGGAAAUUCACUCUCAGAAGUUGACGCAGGCUGCUUUAAAUUGCUGGUGAACCUUCAAACACUUGAUUUGUCUCAUACGAAUUUGAAGCAGUUAAAUCAUUCAGUGAAAGGUCUUGGACAGAUGGAAGAGUUCAUUGCCGAUUCUGCAUCAUUAACAUCUUUGGACCAGGAUGAAUUUCUUGGACUGAAUAAUUUGGAAACCAUUUCUCUCAAAAAUAAUAAUUUGAGAUCAAUUUACCCAGCAUUGCAAAAUCUUACCAAUCUGACGACUUUAGACGUAUCAAGUAACAAUAUGACGACGCUGUCUUUAAGCUCUUUACCAACAGAUGAAAAAAAUAUGGUGAAACUGAAAAAGCUGUGGAUGGCGGAUAAUCCAUUCUCCUGUGACUGCAGGCUUUCUUGGAUUUUGGAUUGGCUUAAAGUGAAAGGAUCAACCUUAGAAGAUGAGCCAACGUGCCAAUCACCAGGCAUUCUACAAGGCAGACCGAUUCGAUCACUGAAUCACAGUGACUUGGAAUUUUGGCACGAAAACUGUCCAAAGUUUUGUGAUUGCAUGUGCGAAGCUGAUGGUGAAAACGUGUACACAAAUGUCGACUGUACGAAUAAGAAUCUUAAAGCUAUUCCAGAAGAAUUUCCAAUCAACGUAAAAGAAAUCAAUCUUGAGAACAAUGCCAUAACUUCUUUUUCUGGGUUUUCUGCUAAAAAUUGGACAAACCUAGAAAUUUUAAACGUUGAGAACAAUAGCUUGUGUGAUGCUAAUUUGGAUUUAAGUCCGUCUAUGAAAGUAAUGAAGCUAGCAGGAAAUAAUUUGACAAGACUUCCAUUGAGCAAAUGGAAUACAUCUUCGUCUUUUCAGUUGCUGACUUUGUCAAAGAACCCGUGGAUCUGUGAUUGUCAAGCUUGGGAAUUCAGAGAGUGGUUGGUGAAAUAUCAGAAUUUUAUCAAUGACGUGCAAGAAGUACGCUGCAGUCUUCAAGGACCUCUUUCUGACAGAAUCAUUAUUCAACUUCAGAAAGAGGAAAUGUGUCCCAAUUCCAAGUUUAAAAGAAUUGCUAUGAUUGCAGGUAUUUCAGUGGUAGUUGUGAUCUUUUGCCUCCUCUGCUGUAUAUUUCGGAAAGCACUGGCCGCCAUGUUUUACUCAUGCGGUUGCGGAUGUCUGAAAAAUAAUGAAAAGCAUGAUUACGGUUUCGACGCUUUUCUUCUGUACGCAGAUCAAGAUGAAGAUUUUGCCUUAAACAUCAUUACAGAAGGUUUAGAAACUCGAAUUCCUGAAAUCAAGCUUUUUAUUCCCACGAGGCAAAUCUUCUUGAGCAGUUCACCUGUCAACAUUGAAUCUUCCCUCGCCGAUUGUUGCAAAGUUAUUGUUCUUCUGACAAAGGAAUUUUUAAACAGCGCUCAGUGUAUGCAGCUUUUGAAAGCUUCAAUGUCCUGCUCCAUACAGCAGAGUUCCAAACGUUUUAUAUUUGUGCUCUUGGGAAAAGGCAGCAUUUUGAAAGAUGUUGACUCAACUCUGAAAGCUAUCAUCAACAACAGCGUGUGUCUUCGCUGUGGGGAAAUAUUCUUUUGGCAAAAACUGAGAUACUUUUUGCCAAAAAGGAAUAAAAGCAGACCAGUUGAUGAAGAGAAUAAUUCCUUGAUCCGGAAUGAAGUCUGCAAUUAGCCUCGGCCACUGUACAUUUUCCAGUAAAGAAGCAUUCCAUUUAAUGUAUUUGCAUCUAUAAGCGGAGUAAUUCGCACUUGAUGACUUAUAUUAGCAUUAGCCCUGGAAUAAUGCACUCGUGAUGGUGUUUACACAUCACCAGUCAGUAUUUACUACCUAUAGGUAACUGAACAACAUCAAGAAUGUAUCAUUCUGCAGUUGGCUGUAACCGAUAGUCAUUAUUUGUGGAUUGUUCAGCCUAUAGAUGCAAAUACGUUCAGAUACAAACCUAGAAUUAACGAUUUUUAAAUUGAUGUGCCAUAUUAAAACUAAUAUCGAAAACGCCUAGAUGACCUUUGUAGAUAUUUUAACAUUAAGCAGAUAUAUCCCAUUAUGAUUACUUUCAAUUACACCAGAAGUGAUUGUACAAUUUCCCUAAUGUAAUAAAUCACUUUCAGGAUUUUUAGAGGUAUUUAAAAACGAUUCUGGACAAGUUCUGUUGGUCACAAAUUAACUACAACAUAGCAUUGUACUUUGAGUGAUAAUUAAGUUAAAGCUCUCUAAAGGUGGGUAUACAUUCAGCCAGCCACAAACGAUCCAGUAAAACCACGCAAGCGCAGAAACUGUACAGUUCUCGUCGAGACAAGAAUUUGCUAUUGUCCGCUCUCUCAGCGCAUGCGUAAUCUUUCUUAUGCGUGAUUUACUAGAAUCUUACAAUUGGUCGAAUGUAAACCAAUCUGAAAAUAAAAUGACAAGUAAAAUUUGCAAUGUUGUGUUUGCUGUUAGAUGAAAUACUACUUUAACAUUGUUACUAUUAUGUUACAUCAUUACUACAUCAACAAUAUUACUAUUAUGUUACAUCAUUACAAAAUCAAAGUUGUUACUAUUAUGUUAUAUCAAUACUAAAUCAACAUCGUUACUAUUAUGUUACAUCAUUACUACAUCAACAAUGUUACUAUUAUGUUACAUCAUUACUACAUCAACAUUGUUACUGUUAUGUUAUAUCAUUACUAAAUCAACAUUGUUACUAUUAUGUUACAUCACUACUACAUCAACAUUGUUACUAUUUACAUAAUUACUAAAUCAACAUUGUUACUGUUAUGUUAUAUCAUUACUAAAUCAACAUUGUUACUAUUAUGUUACAUCAUUACUGCAUCAACAAUGUUACUAUUAUGUUACAUCAUUACUACAUCAAUAAUGUUACUAUUAUGUUACAUCAUUACUACAUCAACAUUGUUACUAUUAUGUUACAUCAUUACUACAUCAACAUCGUUACUGGUGAUGUUUCAUCAUUACUACAUCAAGAAUAUUACUGCAACAAUGCUAAAGUGAUUUGGUGCUGAGAUAUUAGACUGUCUGCUGUAAUGUAGGCAGUGUUGUUGUUAUAUCAUUACAGAAGGUGUUUACUGGAAGGGAAGAUGAAUAAAAUCAAUUCAAUAAAUUUUCUAUUCGAUAUUCUUUUUUAAAAAUUAUAAAUCUGCUUUGCAAUUUCCAUGAUAACAGGAAUUUUUGUAAAAUUUCCAAAGAUAUUGAUCAUGUAGUACAUGAAUCGUAGUAGUUUUGUGUUUAGAAAGAGUUCAUUUCAACAGAUUAUUGGUAAAGCAGUGCAUAAGUGAAAAGUCACCGAAUUCACAGGAAUAUAUUGAAAAGAUAUACAAUACCUGUGCCAAUCUUCAUUUUUUUUCCAGAAAAUGCAUUGGUUCCUUUUGAAGAGUGGCUUGUAUUUCAAUCAUGAUGAAAUUUUGCUCUUUGAAAGUCAGUGGUAUAAAGAAAUGAGAUUUCUUCUGUAAAUAUCAGGAAUAAAAUUUUCUCUUGAUAGUU